AUGCUGAUCUCUGAUGAAGGAGAUAAUGAUGUGUUCUUUGAUUCAUUGGAUUGUUUCUCACCUUCUCAAGAAUCAUUUACUUUUGGGUAUGAGUUUUGGCUUAAUGAGCCUAUUAGUGUGAAGGAAAGAAAGCAAAAUUUUCUACAAGAGAUGGGUUUUGUUGAUGAUUCUUCUGAAAACAAAAUUGUGCACUGCGACGAGAGGAUAAUGGAUUGCGGGGAAGCUGUAUCGGAUGAUUGGGUUUUGUCUUCAACGGACGAGGCCACUUCUGAGGAACAUGUCUUGUUUGAGUCUAGAGAUGAUGAUGAUGAUCAUGACGAUGAAAAAACAGAUGCAAGUUUACAAGGAGAGGAAUUACAAGAGCCAAGACAUAGAGAAGCUGAGACUGCAGAGGAAUUUGGUAAAAAGAAAAAGAAAAACUGGUGGAAGCAAUUUGUUAGCACUGGGAAACUAGCUAGAGGGAUAGUUAGGUCGAAAUUUGUCAAGGCGAGUACGGAUGAAACGUGUCGAAUCAAUGUGAGGCGUAAUAAGAAAAGCUGGAAUGAGUUUAGUGCUGUGUAUGGUGGACAAAAGAUUAGAGCACACAAAGGUCUAAUUUGGACUAUGAAGUUUAGUCCAAGGGGCCAGUAUCUAGCAACUGGAGGCGAAGAUGGGGUUGUUCGUAUAUGGCUUGUUUCAUCGCUGAAUGCUUCUAGUAUUUGUUAUGCUAAAGAAGCUAGUGCUGUUAGCAAACUGAAACAUGGCGUGCCUUUUUCUUCGAAGAAAUGUUGUCAAUCACCCCUUGUUCUUCCUAGUAAGAUUCUCAAAAUUGAGGAAUCCCCGCUUCUAGAACUAUAUGGUCAUUCAAGUGAUGUGAUGGAUUUGGCGUGGUCUGAUUCAGAUAUGCUCCUUUCCUCGUCUAUGGAUAAAACUGUUCGCAUGUGGAAAAUUGGUUAUAAUCAAUGUUUAAAAGUUUUCCAUCACAGAGAUUAUGUGACAUGCAUUCAAUUCAACCCGGUUGAUGAAAACUACUUCAUCAGUGGCUCCAUAGAUGGUAAAGUCCGAAUAUGGGGAAUACAUGAAGAGCGUGUUGUUGACUGGUCUGACACGCGAGAUGUCAUAAGUGCUAUAAGUUAUCAGCCAGAUGGGAAGGGGUUUGUAGUUGGUUCCCUUUGUGGUAUUUGCCACUUUUAUGUAGCUUCAGGUAAACAAUUCGUGCAUAAGGCGAAGGUUCGUGUCAAUGAAAAGAAGAAGAGAUCAUCUGGCAACAAGAUUACUGGCAUUCAGUUUUUCCAUAAAAACCAUCGGAGAGUUAUGAUCACAUCACGUGAUUCCAAAGUUAGAAUAUUUGAAGAUGCUGAACUUGUUCAGACAUAUAAAGGUCUUCCAAUGUCGGGAAGUCAGAUGUCUGCUUCAUUUACAUCAAGCGGAAAUCACAUAAUUUCAGUUGGAGAGGACUCUCGUGUGUAUAUUUGGAACUUCAACGACUCGGGAAAUUAUUUUUCCAAACAGAGAAAAACAGAUAGUUCUUGUGAGCACUUUCGCUCCAAGGGGGUUACCGUUGCAAUACCUUGGUCAGGCAUGACAUCAGAAAGAUGCUUCUCUCUCAGCGACUUUGCCAACUAUUCUUCCGAAAAACAAUGCCAGUUAGCGGCUGCUCCCAGUUUUAGAGAGUCAGAACGUUUUUCUUUUGGGAGUUGGUUCUCCAUUGAUGGUCCGUGCCGACGUUCUAUGACUUGGCCCGAAGAGAAUCUUCCCAGUUGGGAUUCGCCUCUUUCCGAAAUUGAAUUUGAUCAUGCUGAGCUAUCUUUUAAAGAUCUAUGGCAUGAGAAUCGUGUACCAGAAACAUGGGGACUCUCGGUUGUUGCAGCCGGUCUUGAUGGAACCAUCAAGACAUUUCACAACUUUGGAUUUCCUGUUAGGCUUUAA